AAUUUGGAGGGAGGGUUUUAGAAGGAAUCAGUGUCGGCCGGCUUGUUGCCAAAACUAAGCUGGCUUGGCCGCCGCACCUUGCUUUCACUCUCUGCCUCACAAAUGUGUGUGUGUGUGUAUACAUACAUACAUACAUAGGAAUCGAAACCCACUUCUCUCACUGCUGCAUUUAUUGGACCCCAUGUUCUUCCAUUCUUUUGUCUUUUAAGUUGUUCCAAUUUGUUUAUCGGGCUGCUCGAUCGAUAUUCCGAACUGGGUUCGAUUCAGAUUCCACCCACAAAAAGAAGCUUUUCUUCUCUUCCUAUUGUCAGCUACUCCAGCGGCCCCAUGUGAGCAACACUAGACUUGGAUUUAUGAGUUGAGAACCAAACCUUUUUGGUUUAUUCAUUUGACGCAUCCCAGUUUGCUCCUCUUCUCUGAAUAAGCAGAGAUUUAACAUAUAUACUUGCCAGUUUUAUUCAUUGAGAAUGCAGAAUUAUCUCUGUUUUUUCAUAUGCAAGAUUGCCAUCUGUAUGUGAUUGUUGGGCACAUAAUGGGCAGUGGGAGAUUUGCCCAAUGGCUGGCCAUUUUAGUUUGUACACUGAUCUUGCUGAAAGCAGAGGGAUUUUACGUUGGAAUAACUUAUGUUCAGAGUGCUGUUGCAAAGGGAGCAGUUUGUUUGGAUGGGAGCCCACCGGCUUACCAUUUUGACAAGGGAUUUGGGUUAGGAGCUAACAAUUGGUUGGUUCAUGUUGAGGGAGGAGGUUGGUGUAACAAUGUCACAACAUGCCUUGCCCGAAAGAAUACUCGUUUAGGUUCAUCUAAGCGAAUGGCAAAGCAGCUCCCUUUCUCUGGGAUACUAAGCAACCAGCAAAAGUAUAAUCCAGACUUCUACAAUUGGAACAGGAUCAAGAUUAGGUACUGUGAUGGAGCAUCAUUUACAGGCGAUGUCCAGGCAGUUCAUCCUGCUACUAAGCUUCACUUUAGAGGUGCAAGGAUUUUUGUUGCAGUUAUUGGGGAUCUAUUAGCAAAAGGAAUGAAGAAUGCUAGAAAUGCGAUCCUGUCAGGCUGUUCGGCUGGUGGGCUGACUUCCAUAUUGCAUUGUGAUAGAUUCCGGACUCUCCUCCCCAUCACUGCUAAAGUAAAAUGCCUUUCGGAUGCUGGUUAUUUUAUCAAUACGAAAGAUGUUUCUGGAGCCCACCACAUUGAAACCUUCUACCAUCAAAUAGUUUCCACACAUGGAUCGGCCAGAAAUUUGCCCAGAUCCUGCUCCUCAAAAAUGAGACCUGAUCUGUGUUUUUUUCCUCAAAACAUAGUGCAGAACAUGCAAACUCCACUUUUUAUAGUAAAUGCAGCUUAUGAUUCAUGGCAGAUAAAAAACAUCUUGGCACCGGGUGUUGCUGAUCCCCAUGGCUUAUGGGAUGACUGCAAGCUCGACAUAACCAAGUGCUCAACUAGUCAACUCAAGAUCAUGCAAGAUUUCAGGUUGAAAUUUUUGGCAGCACUGUCUAGACUGCACAAUUCUGCAUCUAGAGGACUCUUUAUCAACUCUUGCUAUGCCCACUGCCAAACUGAGAUGCAGGAGACUUGGCUGAUGCCUGGCUCUCCAUUACUGGGUGGAAAGGCAAUUGCAAAAGCAGUUGGUGACUGGUAUUACAACAGAACCCUAAUGGAUUGGGCUUUUGUUCAUAAAAUUUGGGAGAAGUGGGCAUCUAACCAUGUUGAUUCUUCCGGUCAACCUCUGAAGGCUGCUUUGCUGAUUAACUAUGAUCCGACUGGACCCUCUCGUUUGUUGUCUACAAUUGCAGAACAAGAAGGAAUAAAAGCAAAUCCUAUUGAACUAAGGCAAUUUGUUGAUUUUGUCAAACGAAACAAGCUCCAGUCUGAGAGUUUUUGUAUUGGGUUAAACCAAUACAUUGUCACGUCAAUUCAUGAGAAUUGGUUUUGUGCAAGGUGCAUUAACUCGACAAAACCUUCUGGCGAAGGUGCUAUUGUGAUUGAGACAGCAGCAUUUCUAUUGGUUGCGCUGUAUGAAGGCUCUAUUGGCUCGGCAUCUCAUGCUAUGGUGGUGGUCGAUCAGAUUGUAUGGCAGUUAGGCCAAAGAAACCUUUGACUUCUGACGCGGCUUGUGCAAUGGUGAUCCGUCAGAAUUUGACUACUCGGGUGGAAAUCAACUUUAAUCAGAAUUUCUAAACUGGACUAGCUUGCUCGAAUAGCAUAGCCCAUUGUAGCUUCAGAACUUGAGAUGACUGCCUGGUUGAAAGAGGAUUUCAGUCAACUUUUGGCCCAGAUUUUAGCAGAUAUCGUGGGUUAAACUCCCCGGUUCGCAGCCAUUAGGAAAUUUACUGAUUUCAAGCCUCUAGCUAGUUCCCCUGCAAAUUCAUCCACAGCUUUCUAUUACUGCCUCCUUGAUGUUUUGCUGUGAUCAAGUGUUGUAUGUGAUCUUGCUGCCUGCAUCUUGUUCAAGCUGGGAAGAGCUUUAACUCUACUUUUACUUUGGUUUGGGCUCUUCUUGUUACUCUUCAUAUUGGGAUUCUUGUUCAUCGUAA